AUGUCUGUACUCCAUAGCUUGACUAAUAAGUCCAGGAAUCCCCAAUUACGACAUUUUAAUGCCGAAUACAAAGCAGUUUCCACUCUCUUGAAGAGGUCUAAUUUGCCAGGAUUAAAUUCACUUUGUAGCACAAGUUUUAACAAUAUACACACAAGCUCAACUAAUAAUAAAGAGGAAAGUGAUAAAGAUAAGGACAAGAAAAAAAAGGAAAAUGAUGAACCAAAUAUAUCAUCUUUGCUGAUAAAGGCAGCAUUUUGGAUGUUGACAACCUUUACUUUAAUAAUUCUUAGUUCCUUUUUAGUUCCUGGAGAUAACACACAGAACGAACUUAUCCGAUAUGUCUCCUGGAAUGAAUUUGUUUACUCAAUGCUCUCAAAAGGGGAAGUGGAAGAGAUCAUUGUGCGACCUGAUUUGGAAAUUGUUACCAUUAUCUUGUAUGAAGGAGCUAUCAUUAAAGGCAAAAGGACACCACACCGUGUGUACCAUAUGAAUGUUGGCAACAUUCACCGCUUCGAAGAGAAGCUCCGUGAAACAGAGAAAAGUUUAGGUGUUAAAGAAGGUGUCAGAGUAAUAUAUGACAGAAAUGGAAGCGUUGCUGGCAAAAUCUUCACAACAUUGCUCAUCGCUGCUGUUAUACUUUCUUUCCUGUAUUCAACGAAAUCUAUGAAAAUGAACAUCAAUUUGGGCGGUUUUAGCCAGUUAAGGCGAGCAAAAUUCACACUCGUUGACUCAAUGACUGGUCAAGGAAAGGGCGUGAAGUUUGAAGACGUCGCCGGCCUUAAGGAAGCUAAAAUCGAAAUUAUGGAAUUUGUGGACUAUCUGAAGCGACCGGAGCACUAUAAGAGUUUGGGGGCCAAGGUCCCCAAAGGAGCUCUGUUACUAGGUCCUCCUGGCUGUGGUAAGACCUUAUUGGCUAAGGCGGUGGCCACUGAGGCCAAUGUGCCCUUCCUGUCCAUGAAUGGUUCGGAGUUCAUUGAAAUGAUUGGUGGUUUAGGAGCGGCCAGAGUAAGGGAUCUCUUCAAGGAAGCAUCAACCCGCAUACCCUGUAUAAUUUAUAUAGACGAGUUGGACGCCAUAGGCAGGGCACGAUCCACGGCCAGGGGUCCGGGGGGUGGUGAGAGUGAGCAGACCCUCAAUCAGCUGCUGGUAGAGAUGGACGGCAUGAGCAGUCGCGACGGUGUGGUUGUCCUGGCCUCCACCAACCGAGCUGAUGUUCUGGAUAAGGCUUUGCUGAGACCGGGUCGCUUCGACAGACAUAUCCUUAUAGACCUGCCCACGUUGAAGGAACGCGAGGAGAUAUUCGAGAGGCACCUGAAGAACAUUGUGCUGGAGAAACUACCCAACUAUUAUGUUAAACGGCUAGCAUACCUAACUCCUGGCUUCAGUGGUGCGGACAUAGCGAAUGUAUGUAAUGAGGCAGCUCUGCACGCGGCCAGACACAAGCAGUCCAUAGUUAAAGCAACGGACUUAGAAUACGCUGUUGAAAGGGUCGUCGGUGGUACAGAAAAACGUAGUCAUGCAAUGUCGCCCGCCGAGAAGAAGAUAGUUGCAUACCACGAGUCCGGCCACGCGCUAGUAGGCUGGCUGUUAGAACAUACAGACGCCUUGCUCAAAGUUACUAUAGUGCCUAGAACCAACAUGGCAUUAGGUUUUGCUCAGUAUACUACGUCUGAUCAGAAGUUGUAUUCUAAGGAAGAGUUGUUCGAUCGUAUGUGCAUGGCGUUGGGCGGUCGCGCUGCAGAGGCAGUUACAUUCAAUUCCAUAACGAGCGGUGCUCAGAAUGAUCUAGAAAAAGUCACCAAAAUAGCCUACUCACAGGUGCGAGUAUUCGGAAUGUCACCAACUGUAGGACUCGUGUCGUUCCCGGAUAUAAAGGAUAGAGAGAAGAGCCCUUUCAGUAAAGCUUUGAAGAACCUCAUAGAUAUGGAAGCAAAGCAACUGAUAGCGAAAGCGUACUAUCACACUGAGGACCUCUUGAGGAAAAACCAGGACAAACUGAAAGCUUUAGCUGAGGCGUUAAUCAAAAAGGAAACCCUUAAUUACAAGGAUGUAGAAGCCAUUUUAGGUCCACCACCUUUUCCGGGAAAGAAAUUUAUUGAUCCCGUGGAGUUUGAGAGUAAUUUGAAAAAUAUGGAAAAUGCUGCAAACCCAGACGAUAUGAAUCCCGUGGGAGCGCCUUCUGCCAAGCCAGAACCCGGCGUG